AUAAACACCAUCAUCUGCUAAGGAGCAACAUCUCCAGUCCUGUAAGUGGAUCCACAGUCUGAUUCCAGAAUCUCCAUUUUAAAGGUUGUGUCCUUUGAACUAUACAUAAACACCAUCGACUACUGAUUUUCACUCCUGUGAAUUCACGUGAACCCACACUCAAAUUCCAGAGCCGCCUGUCAAGAUUUUGUGAGACAUGACCAACAAGAGCAGCAGUUGCCCAUCUAUUCCUGGACCUCGAUCAUUUUACAAAAAACUUAUUAAUUUUUAUGCUAAAUAUCCCUUGGCACAAUCAUUGUAUAUCUGGGUUAUUUUAGUCAUUGAGGUUCCAAUCACGCUCUUAACUCUAUUUGCUUUGUGUGUUCUUAUCAAAUCUAAUCGUAUUGCUUCAGUUUACGUAAUUAAUUUGAUUUUUUCAGAUCUCAUACAGAUCAUUUGUAUAUCAUUACUCCCAACCAAAGAUGAUUCAGAUGACUUGAUGGGUGUGUAUUACUAUUCUUUGAUUGCAGGUCUGUAUUUUAUGGCAUGUGUUGCGUUUGAACGAUAUCUUUUGGUUUGUCAUCCUCACUGGUACAAAUCUCACCAUUCACUGAAACUCUCCUGUUUUGUUUCUUUGAUCAUCUGGUUUGUGCCUCUGAUCUUUGCAGACAUAAAACCACCUCAUCUGUAUUUCUCAGACUUGCCUCAAACUAUAGCAUGUUUUAUCCCCUACCCAAUAAUCAUUCUCUGUUUUGUUGGUACUUGUCGGGGUCUUUCGCACUCAAUAUCACUUACUCCCCUUAAACGCAGAUUAAUUUUGGGCAGUUUGUUCCUUGUGCUGUUGACUUACACAUGUCUCAUUCUCCCCUUUGUAAUCCUGGAUUUUAUAGAUUAUUUUACCUGUAUAGACACAAUGAACAUGACAUUUAAAAAGGCUGAACGAUUUCUAGAGUGUCUCUUGUAUCUGAAUCCACUUGCUGACUGUUUAUUGUACUUGUUCAUGAGGGCUGAUGUUGGAGACAUAAUAAAGUCUGUUCCCUGCUGUUGUAGAACUGACAGACAUCAGAAUUCAUUACGACUCACGUCCAGUACAAACACUCAACAUGUAACACAAAGUGCAGUGAACUAACAGGUGUCCAAUGUGUUGAAGCACUCUGAUAUAGUUGUGAAAUCUUUGAUUUUACAUUAUUAUAAAGUGAACUGUUUGCUCAGAUCAGUAUUUUUUCAAUGUGUACUUUCUUUAACUAUUUGUAGGUGUACAGAUAUAAAAACAUGUUGUUAAUUAAACAAAAUAGUGACUGUUUGCAAUAUGUAAAUAAUGAAUGAAGCUCUAUUUUACUCAAAAAUGUUUUAUUUUUUAAACUUUAUGAAAUCUCCUGUCUCUGUCUUUAAGUAUGGUUAAUUAUACAAAAAAAAAGAAGAAAGAAAAGAAUGAAUGAAUGAACUGAUAAGUUUAAA